UAAAAUAAAAUCCUCUUGUGUAUGGUGGUGGGUGGUGUUAUCUAAUAAAAUAACUGAGAAAUGAGUUUUUUAAAGAAGACCACUGGCCUUACGGGACUGGUUGUGGCGCCGAACCCUCACCAUACACUGGGUGCGCUGUACGGCAAGAUCCUGCGAACCCUGAAGAGGAUGCCAGAGACGUCCGUGUACCGCAAGUACACCGAGCAGAUUGUGCGCGAGCGGGCUGCCGUGCUCACACAGACUAAAGAUGUGUUUGAAAUUGAGAAGGCAAUCAACUGUGGACAAGCUGAAGAGCUCAUCAUCCAAGCUGAGAAUGAACUGAACUUGGCCAGGAAAAUGCUGAACUGGAAGCCCUGGGAGGAGCUUGUGGCCCGGGCACCCAAGGGCCAGUGGGACUGGCCACCUACCAAGCAGUAGAUUACAUUAUAUAUUAGUUCCGGUGCUUAGUACCAAAUUACUUAUUAAAUUGUCUAUAUUACAUUAAA